UUGAGAGUUUGUAGAUUUCAUCGCCGCGAAAUGGCGGAUUCCGAGAUCGAAACGAAAAGGCGAAGUCAUCGACGGAGUUGGUUUUACUUCGGCGCCGCCGUCGUUCUUCUGAUCUCCGUCGCGUUUGUCCCAAGAAAUUCUCCGGUCACCUCUUUCAUUCAUCGAAUCAAGAGCUGUUACUGUUCUCAGGAAGGGCUAAAGUACCAUGGUCUUGUGGAGGACUGUUGUUGUGAUUAUGAGACUGUGGAUCGCAUCAAUGGUCAGGUUUUGCAUCCAUUGCUUCAACAAAUUGUGAAAUAUCCGUUCUUCCGGUACUUUAAGGUCAAGUUGUGGUGUGAUUGCCCUUUCUGGCCUGAUGAUGGUAUGUGCCGUUUGAGGGACUGCAGUGUUUGCGAGUGCCCCGAGCAUGAGUUUCCAGAAACAUUCCGGAAGCCUUCUGGAAAUGGCCUUUCAUCGGAUAAUCUAAUCUGUCAAGAGGGAAAGCCGGAGGCUGCUGUUGAUCGUACUAUAGAUGAUAAAGCUUUCAAAGGCUGGAUGGAAGUAGAUAAUCCGUGGACAAACGAUGACGAGACGGAUAAUGCUGAAAUGACGUAUGUUAAUCUACAAUUGAACCCUGAACGCUACACUGGCUACACGGGCCCAUCUGCAAGAAGAAUAUGGGAUGCUGUUUAUCUUGAGAACUGCCUCAAAUAUCCAUCAGGAGAGUGCCAAGAGAAAAGAAUACUUUACAAGUUGAUAUCUGGCCUUCACUCAUCCAUCUCAAUUCACAUUGCUGCUGAUUACUUGCUUGACGAGAAAACGAACAUGUGGGGCCAAAACCUAUCAUUAAUGUAUGAUCGUGUCUUGAAGUACCCGGAUCGUGUUAGGAACUUAUACUUCACCUUUCUUUUCGUCCUUCGAUCUGUGACAAAAGCAGCAGAUUACUUGGAGCAGGCUGACUAUGACACGGGUCAUGAUUUGGAGGACCUAAAUACGGAGCUUUUGAUGAAGAAGCUGCUUUUCGAUCACAAACUACAAGCUGCUUGCCCCAAACCCUUUGAUGAAGCUAAAUUGUGGAAAGGCCAGAAUGGACCGGAACUUAUAAAACAGAUACAAAAUCAGUUUAGAAAUAUAAGGUUGGUUCAAGAGAUGGGGCCUUCGGUUGAGAGGGUCUUUGGGAAGAUAAUUGGCGGGCCAAGCGAUCAGAUUAGCCAUCACUUUUGA